AGAAGAUAGAAUUAGACCCUUGAACCGAAAAAAGAAUAUGCUAAGCAGGAAGAAAAAGGGGAAGCCACAACCAGCAUAAGCUCUCUCUCUCUCUCUCUCUCUCUCCUUCUCUCUUCUUCCAUCUCUUUCUCCUUCUAUGGAAAUUAAAGAGCAUAGGAAGGCUCCUGUUUUCUUCGAGUGGUUGAAGCCAUCAGGCUCGGAACCCCAAGCAGCAAAUUCAAUCAGCGAGAUCAGAUCUUCUAUUAGCAGUCCUGAUCCUAAUCUCCUAGCCCUACCUCUCUUCUACCAAAAGGCAGAAGACGAAGGAGAGGGAGAAGGAGAAGAAGAAGGGAAGGGCCAGGGUGAUGAGACAGCUGAUCAGUGUCUUCCCUUGCUCAGCCAAUUUGGAGAAGGCAAGCCAUCACUGGAGGAGGAAGAGGAGGAGGCAGCAUCACCAAGGGAGAGUUUCUAUGUGAAAAGUGAGGAAGGCGAUGGUGACCAUGAUGAGCAGAAAAGAGUUGCCUUAUGCAUCGGCCUGCAGACACCUCCUGCUGUGAUCUCAGGAGGAGAAGAAGAAGAAGAGAGAGACGACGGCCACCACAAAGGGAAAGGGUCUGAAGCAAAGCUUGGCAAGUACUGGAUCCCAACACCUUCACAGAUACUCACGGGCCCCACACAGUUCACCUGCCCGAUCUGCACUAAGACCUUCAGCAGAUAUAAUAAUAUGCAGAUGCACAUGUGGGGUCAUGGAGCCAUAUACAGAAGAGGGCCGGAGUCGCUGAGAGGGACGCAGCCGACGGCCAUGCUGAGGCUGCCAUGCUACUGCUGCGUGCAGGGUUGCAAGAAUAACAUAGACCACCCUCGGGCGCGGACGCUGAAGGAUUUCAGAACCCUUCAGACCCACUACAAGAGGAAGCACUGGCACAAGCCAUACAAGUGCAGGAAGUGCACCAAGCCCUUCGCUGUGAGGGGUGACUGGCGCACCCAUGAAAAGAACUGCGGCAAGCUCUGGCACUGCACCUGCGGCUCGGAUUUCAAGCACAAGAGGUCGCUCAAGGACCAUGUAAGGGCAUUCGGGAGGGGCCACUCGCCUCACCCUCUUCACCACCCUUUAGAAGAAGAGAAGGAAUGCAUCACUGUAUCCGAAGGGGAGGAGGUGGUAACAGGAAACCAGUCACACUGAGAUGAUAGAUAUGAUAGAUAGCUCAUCUCUUGUAGCUAGUUCUACAUAUUUAUCAAGAAUAUAGGCAUAGGCAUGGCUAACAUCCAUGCUUGGGUAGGUCCUAUACAUUGUUCCCUUUGCCUUACCAAGGGAACAACAUGGGGACUCGAACUUGGGUUGGGGGAAAUGUAUCCCUAUCCCAUGAACAUGAAACCAUGUGAACGACCUCCUUAGAGUCAUAUUAUAGGUGUAGCAGUUUUAUAGUUUCCUUAUAAGUUCAUAAAACAAUGUGGCUUGGUGCUCUACCAUGCAUCCACCUCUCAUUUCAUCAAUUAUGAAAUGAUCAAGGGCUUAUGAAUUAGGCUAUGAUAGAAUGCAUCUAAAGCAUCCCAUGAAUUCAGUAUAGAUCAUCUAGCCAGUCUAGUGAAGCUUAUGGAGGGGGAUGUAUUGGUGGGUAUUCCUAGCACAUAGGCUAUAGCUUUUCACAGCACUCUUGCAUGCGCAUGAUGGAACUGUUAAUGGCGUUAAUUUUGUGGAUGAUGGACCACAUUUGUUGGGAAGUGAUGAUAGAGCAGGAGUAGCCCUCUAGAUGUCUGUAGAUUAGAAGUUUAUGUGUUCUAAGCAUUUCCAAUUAAUUGGGUAACUAGCGGCUUCCUGUGAGUAGAAUUACUGAAAAGAAAGGGUGUGAGGUAGCCGAAUUUUCGUCAAUGAGGAGCUUACACUUUGGUCAUGUUGAUUCAAUUGGUGUAACGGUGAAGGGGAAAAUUUGCCUACAUCACAGGCUGGGCUGUCAGUGACAAGAUUUUUGCUAUUAAUUAAAUACUUGACUCUCUA